AUGCUAUUACCACUGUUGCUGCUACUGCUACUACUUCUACUACUUAUACUGCUACUGCUGAUACUACCGCAACACCAGCAUGAUUCAAUUUUUAGAUAUAUUUUUCAUUUUGAUAGAAACAAAACAAAUGCAGUACUUUCAAGCUCUCGUAACGCAGCUUUGAUUGGAGGAAUAGUUGUUGGAGUUUUCAUUCUCAUUUUUAUCCUUGCCUUUGUCAUAUUCCUCGUCUGUAAAUAUAAGAAAAAUGAUUAUCAAGAUAGUCGCGUAGAACCAAUAAUCGAGAAGGAGGAAAAACCCGUCCAAAACAUUCCGAAAAUCCAAGUGAACGAUCAGUACAUUAAUAAGAAGCCUCAAGGAGAUCAAAUCACCAACAAUUACAACAACUUCAACAUCGUCAACAACAUCAGCAACGAUGCAUCACUCAACAAGAAAAAAAUUGACAGACACCAUAGUUUUGAGGACAGCACAAAAGUUUCAAGCACUCAGAAGGCCGAUAAGUUGGCAUCUUCAUCGAGGAGCACGAGAAGAGAGGCCACGAGUACGGAAGGAAACGCCAGAAAUAAUCACAACGACAUCCGAAGCAAGAAAACAAUUCAAGAAAAAAAUUUAAAAAAAUCAAUCAGUAACGUUGAUGAGAAGUUUAAUUGUGUUCCUCCUUUGAAACUGAACGGCAAACAGCAGACGGAGCAAGCAGGAAAGUAUGACAGCAGAAGUAUGCUGGCUGGAUCGUCAAAAAAUAAAACUGACGUUGGUAAGAAAUUUCAGUCGACUAAAUCAAAUGAUAAAAAAACAAAAACUAAUGAAGAUGAAAAUGAUAAAUUUAAAAGUAGGAAGAGCGAUAAGUUGACAUUCAACGAUUCGGUAAUGAUAAAACAUUUUGACUUGGAAAGUAGCUGCAAUGAUGACAUUGAUUAUCUUGACGACAUCAACGAUCCCAUUCCCAAGAACAGGAAAAGAAAUUCAACAAAACUCAUUACUGAUGCUCCCAAAAGCAAACACGCUGAUCACUACAGAGAUGCUACAGUGAAUAAAAUAAUAGGUAAAGGUAAGGAGAGUGAGAAUGUAUUGGAAGACGAAGAUGGUUAUUAUUACGGGACAGCUAACGAUCACAUGGCUAAUGAAAUUCGCAUAGGUGCUCAUCAUCGCUCGCCAAACGAUGGCAGUCAGGCAAGAAAACACUUACAAAAUAAUGACCGUGAAAGAAUAAAUAAAAAUCAAAAACGUAUCGUUAGCGGCAAUAAAACGAAUGAAAGCAUUAACGAUGAUGACGACGACGAUAAUGAUGACGACAUUUACGACGUCACACACAAUAAAAAGAAACAAUUCCAAAAACCAUCCAACAAAUCCGACCGAUCCCGAUUUUACAAAGCUGAUCCUGCCGGGAACGAUAAUGAUAGCGACUAUAUCGAUGGCUACUACGAAGAUAGAUACCAGUUGUAG